GCGUUUGACGCUACCAUUGCGACGGUCGCGUCUGCGAAAGGUAAAAUCACCCUCUCUCUCUCUCUCUCUCUCUCUGUCUCUCUCUCUCUCCUUCACUGAGUGCUUUCGUCUGGCUCUCAACUUCUAACUUGGCACGCCAAAACGACGCCGGAGAUGGACCACGAUCAAUAUCCAGAGUUGUGUCGCGAUCGGGAGAUAAUCUAGGGUUUUUUCGAUAACAUAGGGCUUGGAUUCUACUAUGCAAGGAGACGAUUUUUCCGGUACGGCACUGUGCAGGCCCCUUAUGGAAGGGGAGGGCCGGAGCUGGGACGGAGUUGUGCCGCCUGUCGAGCCGAUUGAGGAAAUGGAUGACUCGCGGCUCGUCGGAGUUCCCGUGGCGGUGCCGGUGGGUUCGGUUACCGUCGCCGAGGAAGCUACUGUUUCGGUGGCUGUGGAGGUCAAAGGCAAAGAGGGGGGCGAUGAGAAGCGAAAGCGAGGGCGGCCGCCGAGAGGUCAGGCUAAACCGCCGCCGCCGAAGAGGAAGAAGAAGGAAGAAGAGGACGUCUGUUUUAUAUGCUUCGAUGGUGGGAGCCUCGUUCUGUGCGAUCGCCGGGGCUGCCCAAAGGCAUACCAUCCGGCUUGUAUUAAGCGGGAUGAGGCAUUCUUCCGAUCCAGGGCUAAAUGGAAUUGCGGUUGGCAUAUAUGUAGUAUCUGUCAGAAGGCUGCUCAUUACAUGUGCUACACUUGUACAUAUUCUUUGUGCAAGGCAUGCAUUAGAGAUGCUGAUUUCUUGUGCGUACGAGACAAAGGAUUUUGCACAACAUGUAUGAGAACUGUUAUGCUGAUUGAAAACAAUGAUCAAGGAAACAAGGAAAUGGCUCAAGUGGAUUUUGAUGACAAGAGUAGCUGGGAGUAUCUUUUCAAGGUAUACUGGAUUUACUUGAAGCAGAAGCUAUCUUUAACUCUGGAUGAGCUUACUCAAGCUAAAAAUCCCCGGAAAGCAUCUGGUAUUGUGGCUUAUAAGGGCCAAGCUUUAGAUGCUCGUUCUGGUGAUAAUGACUGCAAAAGUUCCAGUUUGGACAAUGUUUCUUCAUAUCUGGAGGAAAAUGAUUCCAAAAAGAGGAGGACGAAAGAACAGCUGAAGUUACCUAAUAAUGAGAACUAUCUAAGCACAGAUAAAUUAAGUAAUGACAAAGGCACAAAUUCAGCUGCAUCCACAUACUGGGCCUCUAAAGAGCUAUUGGGGUUUGUUGCACACAUGAAGAAUGGUGAUACAUCUGUUUUAUCUCAGUUUGAUGUACAGGGUCUUUUGCUAGAAUAUAUCAAAAGAAACAAUCUUCGUGAUCCCCGCCGGAAAAGUCAAAUUAUUUGUGAUUCCAGGCUUAAGACAUUGUUUGCCAAACAACGUGUUGCCCACUUUGAAAUGUUAAAGCUUCUUGAAUUUCAUUUUCUUACAAAGGAGGAUACAAGGAAAGAUGCUAUUCACAGCAACAUUGUUGAUGCUGUUCUAAGUCAGGUUGAGGGUGGUGGCAACUCUGAGAACCAACUAAUGGUGGGUAAAGAUAAGAAACGUAAAACUCGCAGAAAGGGUGAAGAAAGAGGGCCGCAAACAAAUCUCGAUGAAUAUGCUGCAAUUGAUGUUCACAACAUCAACUUGAUUUAUUUGCGUAGGAAUUUGAUGGAAAGUUUAACUGUGGAUAAUGAAAAAUUCCAUGAGAAGGUUGUUGGCAAAUUUGUCCGAAUACGCAUUUCCGGUAGUGAUCAGAAGCAGGAUUUAUACAGGCUUGUCCAAGUUGUAGGUACAUGCAAGGUGGCUGUACCUUAUAAAGCGGGGGAAAAGAUGGUAGAUGACAUGCUCGAAAUACUAAACUUGGACAAGAAAGAGACUGUAUCAAUAGAUGCCAUUUCAAAUCAAGACUUCUCUGAGGAGGAAUGCAGACGUUUACGUCAAAGUAUGAAAUGUGGGCUUGUUAAGCGAUUGACUGUAGGUCAGAUACUGGAGAAGGCAAUGGUACUUCAGGAAGUUAGAGUAAAUGAUUGGCUGGAAACAGAGAAAUUGAGGCUUAAGCAUCUUCGAGAUCGAGCGAGUGAGAAAGGGCAUAGAAAGGAGCUUAGAGAAUGUGUAGAGAAAUUAGAGCUUCUGAAGACGCCUGAGGAACGGCAGCGCAGGCUGCAUGAGACUCCUGAAGUACAUGCUGAUCCAAAUAUGGAUCCUAAUUGCGUAUCCGAUGAUGAUGAUGGAGAAGUUAACUAUAAUAAACAAGAUGAAUAUAUCAAACCAAAAUUUUCAGGAUUGAGUGGAAAUGGAAGGGGUCCAAUCUCUUCAGCAAAUGGCCUAGAUUCUGUCAGUAAGGUAUGGAAAAGGUCAGCGGCUUUUGAGCAAAGUAGAAACAUGUCAAGUAAGUAUCAUUUGGAGAAAGAAGCUCCUAGCAGUAUUAUGGGGAGAAUGGAUGCAUCAUCUUGGCCUGUGAAGAUUUGUAGAUCAAAUAGUUUUGAGAAACCAGGAAACCAGGGUGGUUCUUCUGCUUCGAAGGUUGGUGACUCGAACAAUCAGGCUGUGCUGAGGUCUGGUUCUUCCUCUGGGGGUGCAUCAGAAACUUCAAUUGCAUCUCUCUCUAAUGGGAGUGCAUUAUCUGCAAAUGAUAGUGAAACAGAAAAAUUGUGGCACUACCGGGAUCCAAAUGGAAAAAUUCAAGGGCCAUUUUGUAUGGUGCAGUUGCGUAAGUGGAGUACAACUGGAUACUUCCCACAUGAUAUGAGGGUAUGGGCUAUAAAUGAUGAGGAAGCUGAUUCAUUACUCUUAACUGAUGUAUUGAAUGGGAAGUCUCACAAAGUAUUUCCCUUGCAAAAUAAUGUCUCUUUACCAUCUUGGGAAGUUACAGGUGGUUCUGAUAGUAGAUUAUAUUGCUCAGAUGAUGCGAGGAGAGGAACAAUGAAUACAACAGGGUUAGUUGGUCAAGGUGAAUGGGGCCAUAAUGGUGGUACUGUAGUCACAAAUUCUCAUGAUAACAAUGAACUCGUGAAGGACACUGGCUGGGCCUCUCAUUCCUCCAACUGGACGGCACCUCCUGUCAAUAAUAUAAAGGUGCAGACUGGAAGUUCUCAGUGCUGCGAUUUGCUCAAGGUUAAUGGUUCUUAUUCUGACCAGCCACAGGUGCAUUGUCCAGUAGCCUCAUUCGGAUUGACAACACAGCAAAAUGAAACUUCUGUGCUUCAAGAAAGGAAUUAUGAGGCUGAAAGAUGGAACUCUGGUCCAAAUCAUGGAAGUAGUUCACUUGGAAGCACAAGAUUCCAGAUAACUGGCGGACUGAGUCAUGAGAACCAAUCUGAUAGUCAGGAUUAUUCAGGCCAAUCACGUGGAGAAAGUUGGAGGUCUCCUCCUGCAUAUUCUACUUCAAAAAAUAGGGGUUCUAAUUCUAGUUUUAUUUCUGUUGCUAAGUCCACUGAUUUGCCUAAAAGUAGUAUUGAAAUUGAUAUCACAGAUCUGCCAAGUCCAACACCGAAAACUAGCAACAGAGAUUUGGAAGGCCAGAAUACUAAAAACCAGCAGUCUCUGCAAUCAAAUUUUCCUGUUCAAGAUUCAGGUAUAACAAAACUGCCAAGUCCCACACCAGAGCCUAAUAAUGGAGAUGAAAAAGUUGAUUUGUGUAUCCAAGGGCUGCCCAGUACUGCAGAUGAAAGAGUUGAUUCAAGUAUCCAGAAUCUAUCAAGCUCCCCACCAAAGCCAAGUUACGGAGAUGGGAAGACUGAUACAGGAAUCCAGAAUCUACCAAGUCCUGAUACACCAAGGCUGAGUGGUGGGGACAAGAAAGCUGAUUCAAUUACUGAAAAUCUGCCAAGUUUCUUACUAAAGCUGAGCGAUCAAAACAGAAAUGCUGAUUCAAGUAAUGAAAAUCUGCCAAAUCCCCCACUAAAGCCCCUGAACAUGGAUGACAAAGUUGAUUCAAGUAUGCAAAAUCUUCCAAGUUCCCUGUCAAAGCCAAUACCUGAAGCUGAGAGAGUUGAUUCUAGUGUCCAGAACCUGCCAAGUUCCUUACCAGAACCAAAGGAUGGGAAGCAGACUGUUCAGGUCACUGAGAACAAGAUGUCCGUUUCCUCAGAUUUUCCCGUUCAAGAUUCUGGUCGUAGCUGGAGUAGUGCUUCCAGUCUGGUGGUGGGUGGUCGGACAAAACUUCCUGAAGUGGCUGAGGAAUGGGGUGGAUCUUCCCCUAGUCGCACAAAACCUUCAGCAGAGGAAUGGGAUUCAGGUCUUGUGUCAGUGUCGUCGUUGAAGCUGCCUGAAGUGGUCGGUGAUCAUGCUUCUACUCCAACUUCGAAGUAUGAUCAACUUACUUCAUCCCCAUUAGAUCCUGCUACUAAUGCAUGUAGUUCGCAGGAAAUCUUUACUGAACCUAUUGAGUUUAGCACUUUGGAUGAAGAAUCAGUCUCAGAUCUGCUAGCUGAAGUUGAUGCAAUGGAGUCCCAAUGUGGCUUGGGUUCCCCUACUUCAGUGAUGUAUUCUGGUGAGGAAUUUUUUCAGGAUUCUAGGAAUGAUUGUUUUAUUGAUGGAUUGAGCCCUCCACUUGAUUCAGGAAAAAGUGAUGCAUCGAGUUCAACUGGCAAUAUGCCGUUACCUCAUGAAUCUACUAUGACAUAUGAAGUACCUGGGGCAUCUCAGGCUGACGUUCCCGUAAGUAAAUCUGGUGGACAGUCCUCUACGAGCACUGAAGUGGAGGUGGAAACACAGCGCACCGAUGUUUCACUGGACUGGUCAGAAGCUGGUUCGAGCAGCCAGGUUCCUGCAUCCUCCGCUUCAAAUGAGGGUAACAUUCAUAUACACCCUAAACCCAUGAACUCUGGCAGGGGAACACUGCAGGGAAUGAUGAACUUGGGCUUUGAAGGGUCAACUCAAGGACCAACACAUAUGGGGCGGGUAACAGGCCUGGUGACGGCGCAGGGAAAUGCAAACGUGAGCCGGGGCACUGCAGCUGGGUUUACAGGGUGGGAUAGCCAGUCAAAAUAUGGUGCCGAUAGAGUAAAUGGUUCAAGAGAUGGGGCUUUUCAGGGUUGGGAUUCAGGAUUUGGCAGGGGUAGACCAUCAUGGAAUAGGCAGUCACCAUAUGGUGGAGGUGGUGGUGGAAGUGGCGGUGGAGGAGGAGGAAGUUACUCUAGGCCUCUGCCCAAAGGGCAGCGAAUUUGUAAAUUUUAUGAGAAUGGACGUUGCAAGAAGGGGGCAUUUUGUGAUUAUCUGCACCCAUCAUAACGAAGUUCCGAAGCCAGCCUUCCAUCCAGAUUCCAGAGCCAUUCAAAUAACUGUACAAUCAAUUUUUUUUACUAGUGGGAAAACCGUUUUUAUCUACAAGUUCCCGAUGUUGUAAUAUUACAGAAUAGCACAAUAUGAUUUUUUGCUUAGACAGUGUAGCUUGGCUGAUCAUCAGUACAUUUGUCAUUGGUUGAAUCAACUGCAUAUACACACA